AUGUUAGUAUUCCUAAUAACCAUAUUAACUACUACUACUACUACUACUACUACUACUCCUACUACUACUCCUACUCCUACUACUACUACUACUACUACUACUACUACUACUAAUAAUAAUAAUAAUAAUAAUAAUAAUAAUAAUAAUAAUAAUAAUAAUAAUACUGAUACUACUUGCAAUACUACUAAAAUAUGCGAAACAGUAGUCAAACUAUACAACAUAUAA